AUGAUGCUGUUCAAACGGAUAUGUCUAGUGGCUUUGCUGGCAGCCCUCGCGUCUUCCUCCAUAAUCGAACGAGCUACCGUAGAUACGCUACCCCUCCUGACUGCAAUAUCCAAGGAUCCAGAACUUUCUACUUUCUACAGCCUUAUCAACAGUACGGGAGGUACUGGCGGUAUUCCUGGCCCGCCGUUCGAAGAGCGCUUCAAUAUCCUCGCGGAUGGACGGAAGUACACGGCUUUUGCACCUAUCAAUUCUGCAUUUGAGGCGCUGCAACCGGGACUAGCAGCAGCUUUGACCGCACCUGCAUCAUAUGUGCUCCUCGAAGCCAUUCUGAGGACUCACAUCGCAGAAGGAUUAGUGACAACAGAGGAAGUCCGCAAUUCGGAAAAGCCCGUUAUAAGCAUCGAAGGCAUACCUCUCAAGUUUGCGUCUGAGGGUAACACCAUCACAAUCAACAACCAAGCCAAACUAGUUUCUGCGCAUGGCACUACUGUUGGAAACGGAGCAAUCUUUAAAAUCACCUCAAUAAUCGACCCCUUGGUAUCGAUCUUCGGAACCGAUGUGAACAAGAACGGAUCUGCCAUCGCAUCCGCUAGACGUCGACAAGCCAAAAAAAUCUUAGAGUACGAGUUGCGACCCUCGGGAACUAUCGCAUCGGUCCUAUCUUCUUUGCCAGACCUCUCGACAUACGUAGAUCUCUUGAACGCAACAUCCCCGGCUUUCUUCAACUUUCUAGACUCAUCUCUGCCUGCUGGCAAGUACAUCUCCAUCUUCGCCCCGAGCAACGCGGCUCUUGCGGCUGUCGGGCAAGGUGCCAAGGCUAUUCAACCUAGCAAUCAGCCAUUUACUUCGUACUUGCUUGAGUAUCCAUUCAUAGAUACGACGUUGGUUGGUAGUGAAAAGUCGAUUGUUGGGUUUCCGGCGGCUGUGAGAAGAGAUGGCGAUGGGGCUGUUACGAGUGUGAAUAAUGCGGCUGUGAAGGGAGAGCCGAAGUGCAUGGGAAAUGCGUGCGUCUAUGUUAUUGACAGGUGGUUGGAUCCUGUUUUUGGGUUGUUGUAAAGAAAUAAUAUACGGGGGUGUUUUUUUUGGAGUUCGAAUGGGU